UUAAAGCCGCCUCAAGCCUGGUAACCUCAGAAGAUACUUAAGUUUUAGUCUGGUUAGGCAGGUGUCCAGGGUUGCUCCACUCUGCUCUGUGUUGCACUGGUUUUGUGGUUUGAACUUGACAGCCAUGCUCCCUGUUUGUUUGUUUGUUUGUUUGUCUCCCCCUCUGCACUGCCAACCCUAGCUAGCACACCUACCUCUGUGAUGCCCCGCCAGUUCAGCACUCCCACUCCCUCCCUCAGCCCAUGUUCAGCCUGUGAAAUAAAGCACCGCCUAAUAAAACUUGAGGAGACUGUCACACACCUGCAGGAAAAUCUUUCCUCGCACCUGCUGAACUGGUCCCAAUCCAUCUGGUCCCCUCCGGCUGGCCAUCCCACAUCAGCGUCCGCUUCAGCUCCGGCUGGCCCCUCCACUUCAGAGUCUGCUUCAGCUCCGGCUGCUCCUUCAUCAGAUUCAGAUUCUGCUGGGACUGACCCUUCUGCAUCAGCAUCCGCCUCUGCUCUGGCUAGCCCCUCGCAAUCAACUUCACUGUUGGCUUCCGGCAGUCCAUGGAAGAAAGGAAAACACUCUGUAGGGACCCCACAGCUGAAACAAACGCUGAUCGGUAAGAUCCUCCUCGGAUUCCAGAAAGCCUCUCUGGGUUCCAGGUUCAGGCUCAAGGAUAGGGAAAAUGCUCAUACCAAGAGGGGUCAUGCUGAGCACUUUGCCACCAAUAUAUCAGCAGGCGAGGAUGAGAUCUUGGGCCUCUGGUACUUGUACAACCCUGAGAAGUUGCAGGCGUGGCCUGAGAUUUUGCAGGCAGCAGGUUACCGAGUAACCUCCAUCAAAGCUAUUCUUCUAAAUGUGAGGGCUUUUCUCCGACACAUGGACAUGUUCCAUAAGGAUGAAAGCCAGCUGUCUUCAAGUGAAAUCGGGGAGCUGUUGAACCUCAUCAAAUCUCUCCAGUCUCACAUACUCAAGGAGAUGGCAGCCCAUCAUGAAAAAGAAACAACAAGUAAGUGUUAUUAUGUCUCAGUGAAGGAACUUCCUUUCAAACCUCUUUUUUUAAACUGGAUGAUAAUUUCCACCAAACGUUUGUCGUCUGUCUCUCCAGGCACGUAUGAGGCUGCUGCAGAGGAGAUGCCUUGGGUGGAAUUUGGAGCCGCUUCGCCACCAGAGGGACAGGAACACCAUCAGGCGGAUUGACCGGACACCGAGGAGGAGGUGGUGGGGAAAAGACGGCUCAAAAAGAGACUUUUCCUAUAGAGUGAUGAAGAAGAGACUGAGCAUGCAGAGGGAAAGGAGAAGACAAAGUGUGAG